AUGCCACCACAUACGUCGAAAGAAGUAGCCCUCAAAAUUGACAAAGUCCUGAAUGAGUUCGGCAGAUCACCUCUACAUGGCACAACCUUUGCCGACUCGCCAAACUCCUGCCCUGAGAUGGUACUGGCGAUGCUUAUGGAUGCCCUGAUCAAAGCAAGGCCAAUCUCUCACGAGUUGACGCAGAAAACAAUAAAAGAAUUAAUCAAAGCCAGGUACUAUGACAUCGACGUACUUUCCAAUAGUACGUGGGAAGAUCGAACGAUGGUUUUACAAGCUGGGGGUUACAAUCGGUAUCGGGAGCAGUGCGCUACCAAUCUCGGUGAGCUCGCGGAUCUUGUUGUCGAGAAAUAUGAGGGCGAUUUGAACAAUCUCCUCCUGGACGCAGGCUGCGAAAUCAACAAAGUUGGACGAUUACUGAAGGAGGUCAAAGGGAUUGGUGACUUGGCAGUGGAGAUAUUUUUCAACAGUGUUCAAAGCGUGUGGCCAAGCAUUGCUCCUUCUGUCGAUUCACGGAGCUUGAAGACUGCAGCUGAGAUUGGGAUUGGCACUGACUUGGAUGAGAUAUACAAUGCACUGGAUCGGGACCCUAUGCGAAUGAGUUGGUUCGCUAAUGGCCUCUCUGAGGUCCGGCUGGAGAAAAAACAGGAAGUAAUUCAGGAACUUUGA